AUGGAAAACGUUACAAUCCUAGGUAAGGAAGAGGAUCAGUUGAAUUUGCCUUCUGGGUUUAGGUUUCACCCAACAGAUGAAGAGCUUAUUAGUCAUUACCUUUACAAAAAGGUAAAUGAUUCCCUCUUUUCUGCUAAGGCCAUUGGAGAGGUGGACUUGAACAAGUGUGAACCUUGGGAUUUACCAUGGAAAGCUAAGAUGGGAGAAAAAGAGUGGUACUUUUUCUGUGUGAGGGACAGAAAAUACCCAACUGGUUUGAGAACCAACAGAGCUACUGAAGCAGGAUACUGGAAGGCCACAGGGAAGGAUAAAGAGAUUUACAGAGGAAAAUCUCUAAUUGGAAUGAAGAAAACUCUUGUUUUCUACAAAGGAAGGGCACCCAAAGGAGAGAGAACCAAUUGGGUCAUGCAUGAAUAUAGACUUGAGGGUAAAUUCUCUGUUCACAACCUCCCUAAAACUGCAAAGAAUGAGUGGGUGAUUUGCAGGGUGUUUCAGAAGAAUUCAGAAGGCAAGAAAACACAUAUUUCUGGUAUAACGAGGUUGGACUCUUUUGAAAAUGAAUUGGGUUCUUCUGUUCUGCCACCCCUCACAGAUUCAUCACCUUUCAUUGGCAAGACCAAAGCACUGAGUGUGAAUGAAUUCCCUAACGUGCCCUGCUUCUCCAAUCCAAUUGAUGUCCAAAGAAACCAAGGAGGGAUCUUUGAUUCCUUCAGUAACUCUCCUUUUGGGGUUUCUUCAAAUCAUUCAGAGAUUCUUCCAAGAAUCCCAAUCUCUUCUGGUUCAUUCUACUCUACUACUGAAGGGGUUCAAUCUCCACCAAAUUUGCCAUUACCAGGUUCUGUUUACAACAUCCAGGACCAGACGAUCCUUAGAGCCUUACUUGAUAACCAUGGAUCAAACAUGAGGAAUAGUUUGGUAAGUGUCUCACAGGAAGCAUGUCUGAAUACUGUUGUCAACGCUGAAAUCUCUUCAAUUGUAUCAAAUUUUGAUAUGGGUAGGAGGCCCUUUGACAAUCAGCAACCCCUACCUGCUUCAACUGCACCAUUGGACCUUGCUAGCUUAUGGAAUUACUAAAUUCAAAUAAAGGACCUUUGGAAAGAAAACCAAGAUUUCAACUGAUAAACAAGAGGGGAAAGAAGAGCCUCAGUUACAAUCUAUUCUCUGGGUUUGUUGUUGUUGUUGUUGUUGUUUGUCUCUAUAGAUUCUAAUUAAAGAUGCACUUAAUAAUAGUGAAGUGUAUAUUUUGUGCCGUAUGAAAUCUUAUGAACUUAUGCUGUUUUGGUCCUUUGAUACU